AUGGGCUCCCCAUUCCUCAACCACCGCCUUCAGUCCGAAUUGGGCGACCUUGCUUUACUUCAUCUCCGCAGAGACCAGACCAUCCCGACUAUACUCAAACUAGAAGACGACGAAAAUCAGGGUUACAAGGAGGGAAAAGUCACCAACACUCGUUUCGGGUCAUUUCCACACAGCACGCUUAUCGAUCAACCAUGGGGAUCGCAGAUUGUCGCCUCUGUAGUAGACACAGGGUCCCGGGGCCGCAAGAAUCAGCCGUCCAAGAAGCGCAAAGCGGAUGAUUUGGACACCCCGACAUCGAACAAGGAGGAGGCGCAAUCUUAUCCUGGCACGCCCCGCGCGGCCGCCAGCGGGUUCCUCCAUCUUCUAUACCCUACGCCGGAGUUAUGGACCGCGUCGCUCCCGCAUCGGACGCAGGUUGUCUACACACCGGACUACAGCUACAUCCUGCAUCGGCUCUGCGUUCGCCCCGGGAGCACAAUCAUCGAGGCUGGGGCUGGGAGCGGCUCGUUCACACAUGCAUCCGUCCGCGCAGUCUUUAACGGAUACCCCUCCGCGGCACCCGCAGCUAAGAAAAGAAGGCUAGGCAAGGUCUGCAGUUUCGAAUUCCACGCACAGCGCGCACAACGAGUCCGGGAAGAGAUCCACGACCACGGCCUGGAUGGACUGGUCGAGGUGACGCAUCGUGAUGUUUACGAAGAUGGAUUCCUUCUUGGGGACCCGAAGACCGGAAAAUCGCCCAAAGCCAACGCGAUCUUCCUCGACCUGCCUGCGCCAUGGCUCGCGCUCAAGCAUCUCGUUCGCCGGCCCCCUUCGGGAGCGGAGUCGCCUCUCGAUCCCUCGUCGCCGGUGUAUAUAUGCACGUUCUCCCCGUGUAUCGAGCAGGUGCAGCGGACGAUCAGCACACUCCGCGAGCAUUCUUGGCUCUCAAUAUCGAUGGUUGAGGUAAACCACCACCGGAUUGAUGUCAAACGCGAACGAUGCGGAUUAGAUUGUGAAGGUGUCCGGGGCGCAACCGUCUUCCCCAAGUCCGUGGACGAAGCAGUCGCAAAGAUGCGCGCCGUCGAGGAACACUCGAGAAGAUUCCGCGAGUCGCUCCUUCAAGAGAGCGACGAUGAAGGCACCGCCUCCGACAAACCAGCAGCAACCAAGUCAGAGAAGACAGAAGUUGAAGAGAAAUUCCUACACGACAUACCGCAGCAGUCGGACACAACCGCAGCUCCAUCCUCAACCCCAUCGUACGAUCUCGGCCGCCUGGUACAUCGCACCGAACCGGACCUGAAAACUCAUACAUCGUAUCUUGUCUUUGCUAUUCUACCCCGCGAAUGGACAGAGGAAGACGAGCAAAGGUGUCGGCAGACCUGGCCGGCUCAGAAGACAGGGGGCUCACCGGACGCAGGAAAACCGAAAGGCAAGAAGCAAUUAAAAAAGGAAGCGAAGGAGAAGGAGGCGCAGGAAGAGGUGCAAAAGUCAGCAGACAUUCCUGCGCAGCCCCAGGAAGCCCAAUUAUAG